AUGGAGAAGCCGAGUUCCAGCAAGGGGGUGGCGCCAAAGUACAAGGGGGUUCGGAGGAGGAAGUGGGGGAAAUGGGUGGCGGAGGCGAGGUACCCCAACAGCCGGGAGAGGCUGUGGCUCGGCUCGUUCGCGACGCCCGAGAUGGCAGCGAGGGCCUACGACGCUGCCGUGUACUGCCUGCGCGGCCCCGGCGAGGCGCUCAACUUCCCGGACCAGCCGCCGAGCAUACCGUCGGCGGACAAGCUGAGCAAGUACGAGAUACGGGCCGCGGCGGUGCGACACGCGCACGAAGGCGCGAAGCGGCCGCAGGAGGGAGAAGCUCGACAGGGAGGUGGUGAGGAAGCGGUGGAUCCAGGCGAGAGUAGUGAUAAGUAG